AAGUGAUUCACGCACGCUCCCAAAGGGCAAUAGUGAUUUUGACAAAAAAAAAAAAGAAAAAACAAAACCAAUAAUAAUUUGCAUUGCCGCAAGACAUAGCGUUAGAAAAUUGAUAUAAUUGAAACACGUUCGCCGCGAGAGUUUUUUGGAAAGUGCGGAAAAAUUCAACGGCACCGCCAAGUCUCUGCGUCUGCGUCGCCCGAAAUUUUCGAGUGUGCGGUGUGUAUGUGUAUUGUGUGUGAAGGGAGGAGAAGCAGCCAAAAAAAAGUGUACAGACGACGCGCAGACGCAACGCGAUCUGCAGUGGCUAAUUAAAAAAAAAAGUACCGAAAAAACGCGAGUGAAAAUCAAUUAAUUAUUAUUGGCAAACGAACGAACGCCAAUACAAUCACAUAAGUUGUUUGUUAACAAGAAAAUAAAUUGAAAAUAAGAAAAUGGGUUGUGCCGUGAGUACAGCACGAGAUAAAGAAGCCAUCGAACGUUCGAAAAACAUCGACCGGGCAUUAAGAGCUGAAGGAGAACGCGCCGCAUCGGAGGUUAAACUGCUGCUCUUGGGUGCUGGCGAAUCUGGCAAAUCAACGAUAGUGAAGCAAAUGAAGAUCAUCCAUGAGACGGGCUAUUCACAAGAAGAGUGCGAGGAAUAUCGUCGCGUCGUCUACAGCAAUACGGUACAGAGUCUGAUGGUCAUCAUACGUGCCAUGGGUCGGCUAAAGAUUGAGUUUGCGGAUCCCGGAAAAACGGACAUUGCCCGUCAGUUCUUCACACACGCCUCGGCGGCAGACGAGGGCAUUCUGCUCCCAGAGAUUGUGAUGCUCAUGAAGAAGCUGUGGUCCGAUGGUGGAGUGCAGCAAUCCUUUUCACGUUCGCGCGAGUAUCAACUGAAUGACUCGGCUGGCUACUAUCUGAACUCACUGGACAGGAUUGCGCAGCCGAACUAUAUUCCUACACAGCAGGAUGUGCUGCGCACGCGUGUCAAGACCACAGGCAUUAUUGAGACGCACUUUAGCUGCAAACAGCUACACUUUAAGCUAUUUGAUGUGGGCGGUCAGCGUUCAGAGCGUAAGAAGUGGAUUCAUUGCUUUGAGGGAGUCACAGCCAUCAUCUUUUGUGUGGCACUCUCAGGCUAUGACUUGGUCUUGGCCGAGGAUGAGGAAAUGAAUCGCAUGAUUGAAUCACUCAAGCUCUUCGACUCCAUCUGCAAUUCCAAAUGGUUCGUCGAAACGUCUAUCAUACUCUUCUUGAACAAAAAGGAUUUGUUCGAGGAAAAAAUCAAACGAUCUCCUCUCACAAUAUGCUUCCCCGAAUACACUGGUUCGAACACAUUUGAGGAGGCCGCCAAUUACAUUCGCAUGAAAUUCGAAAAUCUCAACAAACGAAAAGACCAAAAGGAAAUCUAUACGCAUCUCACCUGCGCCACAGAUACGAACAAUGUGAAGUUUGUAUUCGAUGCCGUUACAGAUGUCAUCAUCAAGAACAAUCUGAAACAAAUUGGAUUGUUUUAAGAAUAUAGACAAGACAAAAAGAUAUAGGGAGAGAAGCAGCUUAUAUGAUUAGAGUGCGUCUUAGUAUUAACGGAAAGCGCGCAAACAUUUCCAUUACAUUAUAAUUACUAGUAGACAGAUAUAUAUACAUUUUACAUUCAUAUACUAACAUAUGUAUAUGCAUACAUAGUCCAUUAUGUAUAGUGUAAUACGUACAUUUAUAUACUUAUUCUAUUAUUACAUUUGAAAUGCUUUACAAUGCUCUUGAGAUAAACUUAUAUGUGUAAACAACGAACCGAUUUUGUUGCCAAUAGUCGCGGAACAAAUAACCAACUGCAAUUAAUUAAGUUAACUGUUUAAAUGCUAUAAGUGAACUAAUUAAACUACGCGUGUAUGUAUGUAAUUUAACAAGUGUAAAUUAGGCGUCAUUAGGAUGGAGCUUGCUAAAGACAAUUGGCCACUCUUGUGCAUAAAUGCCACAAUUGUGGCCAGUUGUCUUUUGAGUUUUAUUUAAGUUUAUUUACUAAAUCAUUUUGUGUACUGUAAAUGUGGCUAAAUUGCAUGGCGCAAAAUCAACCGACUACGCCAAAUGUCAUUCUCUCAUUUUACGCCAUGCAUUUCGAUGCCACGUUUUGCAACACUUAUCAUUGAGGACGCCGCCGCGUACAUUUUGCCAAGAGCUUAGCACACCGUUUAGAGUGAGCGUGGGCCACAUUUUUGUAUGCCCGUUUUACGUGUAACUAGAAAACUUACUAAUAUUUUUUAGUAUUAGCUUAAAUAAAGACAAAAUACAACAACUAACGCAAAUGUUUAUU